AAGAAUCAAUAGAAGAAAAGAAAGCAACAGAAUUUUUUUUUGUGGUUCAAUCAAACCCUUCGAAGUUCAAAAAAAAAAAGUGAGCGAAGAUGAUGCACAUGACCUUCUAUUGGAGCAAAAAAGUAACUCUCCUCUUCGAUUCAUGGAAAACCGAUUCAUGGACGGGUUACAUCACGAGUCUACUCGCUUGUCUCAUCGUCUCCAUCUUCUACCAGUUGCUCGAGAAUCGCCGUAUUCGCCUCAAGCUCUUGGCCUCCGGGAAGCCGUUUCCGGCGCAGAUCGAAGCGCCUCUUCUACGACGGACGUUCGCCGGAAGUGGAGCUAAGUUAGGCGUGAGAGUCGCCGGAGCGGUUCUGUUCGGGUUGAGCUCGGCGAUCGGGUAUUUCUUGAUGUUGGCUGUUAUGUCGUUUAACGGCGGCGUGUUUAUAGCGAUUGUCGUUGGUCUUGCGAUUGGUUAUUUGUUGUUCAGGAGUGAUGGGGAAGAUUCUGUUGUGGCUGAUAGUUCUUGCGCAUGUGCUUGAUUUCAGUUUCUUGUUAUGAUUAUUGCUAUUUUGCUACUGUUUUAGAUCUGGUGUUUUGGAUUAUGAUAUGUUAUGUAUGUUUAUGCAGUUGUUGUAAUUAACUAAUUAUAUUUUAUCAAUAAGUUAUUGUUAUCGCAA